AUGGCACGGCUGGCACAUCUGGCACAGCUGGCACAUCUGGCACAGCUGGCGGUGCUGGUGCUGCUGGUGGUGGGAGCUCCGAGGGUUGCCGGGGCUGCAGAGCCCCUGGAGAACGAGUCGGAGCCGGGCAAGGCCGGAGCCGCCGGGAAACCCUGGAAAGGCGAGCCCGACCUGGAGGAGCUGGACCUGGGCACGGCAGGCAAAGGCGCCGCGUGGACGUCGUGGUUCAACAUCGACCACCCCGGCGGGGACGGGGACCACGAGAGCCUGGCCGCCAUCCGCUUCUACUUCGGGGAUCGCGUGUGUGCGCGGCCGCUGGCGCUGGAGGCGCGGAGCACGGGCUGGGAGCUGCCGGCGGCGCUGGGACAGGUGGUGCACGCCAGCCCCGAGCGCGGCUUCCGCUGCCUGCACCGCGAGCAGCCGCCCGGAAAGGCCUGCGCCAACUACCACGUGCGCUUCCUGUGCCCGCUGGAUGACGUGUACUGGUCCCACUGGUCUGCCUGGAGCCCCUGCUCUCGCAGCGCCUGCGGCUCCCGCGGCGUCCAGAGCCGCUCCCGGCGCUGCCGCAGCGCCCGCGCCCGGAGCCGCCUCAAGGAGCUGCGGUGCCGGGGCAAAGCCACCGAGCGCCGGGCCUGCAGCGCCGGGCCCUGCCCAGAGCCCUCCUGGACCGAGUGGGGCGCUUGGGGUCCGUGCUCCCGCACCUGCGGCGGCUCCGGGACCCGCUCCCGGCGCCGGAGCUGCAAACCCGCCAAGAGGAGCCCCCCGUGCCCGGGCCGUGCCACCGAGGCGCAGGAGUGUCACCCGCCACCCUGCCCCGGUGACCCCGGCCGCGUCCCCGCCGCGGGCUGCGCGCUGCGGGGCACCGUGGUGACGGCGGCCGGGGCGGCCCUGCCCGACGCCCGCCUGUACCUGGAGAACCGCCCGGGCGAGCCCCUGGCCCGCAGCGACUCCCGGGGGCGAUUCACGGCCCCGGGGCUGUGCCCGGGCCCCGCCGCCAACCUCAGCGCCCACCGCGACGGCUUCGCCCCGGCGCUGGCGCCCAUCGUCACCGACGGCUCGGGAGCGGCCGUGGCGCACCUGAGGCUGCGGCGGCUCGAGAAGCCCCACAUGGUGCUGCACCCCGCGGACAGGGUCAGGGAGGCCGGGCAGGACGUGACCUUCUGCUGCGAAGCCUCGGGCACCCCCGCGCCCCAAAACUACUCCUGGUACCACAACGGGACGCUGCUGGCUCCGGGCCCCGGCGGCCGCCUGGAGCUGCGGGCGCUGGCGCCGGAGCAGGCGGGCACCUACCGCUGCAAAGCCACCUCCGAGGCCGGAGCCAUCCUCUCGGAGCCCGCGCAGCUCACCGUGCUGGCCCAGGGCCGGCCGAGCUGCCGGGCGGAGCCCGAGCCCAGCCUGGUGGAGCUGCCCAGCGACUGCUCGCAGGACGCCGGCGGCUCCCGCUACUACAACGUGGGGCGCUGCCCGGCCUCGCCGUGCCCGGGAGGCUCCGCCGAGCCCUCGGCGUGCGGCGAGGAGUCCGGGCGGUGCUGCGGGGUGAGGAGGAUGGAGCUGCGGCAGGUGCCGUGCGCCGGCUCCCUGCUGCCCGUCAAGGUGGUGGCCGAGUGCGGCUGCGGGCCCUGCGCCCGGCCCCGGGCGCUGGUGCAGGGCCGGGUGACGGCGGCCGACACCGGGGAGCCGCUGCGCUUCGGCCGCAUCUUCCUCGGCGGCAGGAGAGCCGGCUUCACCGGCUACCAGGGCUCCUUCACCAUCGAGGUGCCGCCGGACACGCGGCGCCUGGUGGCUCGCUUCGUGGACGGGCAGCAGCGCCUGCUGGACGCCGUCAGGGUGCUGCCCUUCGACCGGCGGGGAGGAGCCGUGUACCAGGAGGUGAAGAUGCUGCGCAAGAAGGAGCCGGUGGAGCUGGACGGCGGCCGGAGCAACGCCAUCCCCCUGGGAGAGGCCGGCGGCCGGGAGCCCGUCGGGGAGCUGCUGCUGCCGGCCGGAGCCUUCCUCCGGCCGUCCGGGGAGGUUUUCAACGGCACCGUCAAGGCCAGCGUCACCUUCGUGGACCCCAGGGACGUGGGCACGGCCGGCGCCGCCUCCAGCGACCUGAGCUUCGCCGACGCCGACGGGGAGAUCGCGCCCCUGCGCACCUACGGGAUGUUCGCCGUGGAUUUCCGCGAGGGCGACAGCGGCGCGGAGCUGCAGGCGGGGCCGGUGCGGGUGAGGAUGGACGCCGGGCAGGUGCGGAUGCCGGAGCACCUGGGCAAGAUGAAGCUGUGGUCCUUGAACCCCGAGAGCGGCCUGUGGGAGGAGGAAGGCGUCCUGCGGGCGGCCGGGGGCGGCCGGAGGAAGAGGAAGAGGAAGAGGGAGGAGAGGACCUUCCUGGUGGGCAACCUGGAGAUCCGCGAGCGCCGCCUCUUCAACCUGGACGUGCCCGAGGACCGCCGCUGCUUCGUCAAGGUCAGGGCCUACAGCAACGAGAAGUUCAACCCCCACGAGCAGCUGGAGGGGGUGGUGGUCACCCUCGUCAACCUGGAGCCGCAGCCCGGCUUCCCCAGCAACCCGCGGGCCUGGGGCCGCUUCGACAGCGCCGUCACGGGGCCCAACGGCGCCUGCCUGCCCGCCUUCUGCGACGGCCGGCGCCCCGACGCCUACGCGGCGCUGCUGACCGCCACGCUGGGCGGCGAGGAGCUGGAGGCCGUGGCCUCCAGCCCCAAGCUGAACCCCGGCGCCGUGGGCGUGGCGCAGCCCUACCUGGGCAAGCUGGGCUACCGGCGCUCGGACCACGAGGACGCGGCGCUCAAGAAGACGGCCUUCCAGAUCAACGUGGCCAAGCCCGACCCCGGCGACCCGGACGAGAGCAACGGGCCCGUCUACUCCUACCGGAGCCUGCGGGAGUGCCAGGAGGCGCCGGUCAGCGCCAACCACCUGCGCUUCUACCGCGUGGAGGUGGACAGGUACGAGUACAACGUGGUGCCCUUCAAGGAGAGCGACGUCUCCUCCUGGACCGGCGACUACCUGGCGUGGUGGCCCAACCCGCAGGAGUUCCGGGCGUGCUUCAUCAAGGUGCGGCUGGAGGGGCCGCAGGAGUACAUGGUGAGGUCGAGGAACGCGGGCGGGAGCCACCCCCGCACCCGGGGGCAGCUCUACGGGCUGCGGGACAGCCGCAGCGUGCGGGACCCGCUGCUGGACAACACCUCGGGGGCCUGCGUGGAGUUCAAGUGCGGCGGGAUGCUCUUCGACCAGGGCCUGGCCGACAGAACGCUGGUGACCGUGGUGCCGCAGGGCGGCUGCCGCCGCACGGCCACCAACGCGCUGCUGCGGGACUACCUGAGCCGGCCGCCGCUGGCCGACAACAACCACACCGCGGCCUUCUCCAUGCUGGCCCCGCUGGACCCGCUGGGCCACAACUACGGCAUCUACACCGUGACGGACCAGAGCCCGCGGCUGGCCAAGGAGAUCGCCAUCGGCCGCUGCUUCGCGGGCACCUCGGACGGCUUCUCCCGGGAGAUGAGGGCUGCGGAGGGCGCGGCCGUCACCUUCAGCUGCCAGGAGCGGCCGCCGGGCAGCGAGAGCCUCUUCCAGCGCCUGCUGAACGCUCCGGCCGAGGCGCUGCAGGAGAUCCGCAGGGAGAUGGGGCGGUCCGAGCUGCGCCGCGCUCCGCCCGAGGUGAUGGACUUCGCCUCCGGAGCCCCCGGCCCCACGGCCGCCCGCCGGAGCCCCGGAGGCCAGCAGAGACCGGGCGGGCAGCGGGGGCGGCCCUGA